AUGAAGUAUUUAGAAAAAGCAUCAGAAACUCCAAACACAGAAAUUAGGCUUGUUUACCUGGUGAAAGCACUAUUUAUAUGUGUACAGACACCACCUUCCAUCCUGCAGAGCAGGCUGGAAGCCAUACGUCCAGAAUGUACUGCUGAGGGCUUGGUGGAAGUCAGGUAUGGAGGCGAGGAGGAGGAGGCGAGGAGGAGGAGUCGAGGAGGAGGAGUCGAGGAGGAGGAGUCGAGGAGGAGGAGUCGAGGAGGAGGAGUCGAGGAGGAGGAGUCGAGGAGGAGGAGUCAAGGAGGAGGAGUCAAGGAGAAGGAGUCAAGGAGAAGGAGUCAAGGAGAAGGAGUCAAGGAGAAGGAGUCAAGGAGAAGGAGUCAAGGAGAAGGAGGCAAGGAGAAGGAGGCAAGGAGAAGGAGGCAAGGAGAAGGAGGCAAGGAGAAGGAGGCAAGGAGAAGGAGGCAAGGAGAAGGAGGCAAGGAGAAGGAGGCAAGGAGAAGGAGGCAAGGAGAAGGAGGCAAGGAGAAGGAGGCAAGGAGAAGGAGGCAAGGAGAAGGAGGCAAGGAGAAGGAGGCAAGGAGAAGGAGGCAAGGAGAAGGAGGCAAGGAGAAGGAGGCAAGGAGAAGGAGGCAAGGAGAAGGAGGCAAGGAGAAGGAGGCAAGGAGAAGGAGGCAAGGAGAAGGAGGCAAGGAGAAGGAGGCAAGGAGAAGGAGGCAAGGAGAAGGAGGCAAGGAGAAGGAGGCAAGGAGAAGGAGGCAAGGAGAAGAAGGCAAGGAGAAGAAGGCAAGGAGAAGAAGGCAAGGAGAAGAAGGCAAGGAGAAGAAGGCAAGGAGAAGAAGGCAAGGAGAAGAAGGCAAGGAGAAGAAGGCAAGGAGAAGAAGGCAAGGAGAAGAAGGCAAGGAGAAGAAGGCAAGGAGAAGAAGGCAAGGAGAAGAAGGCAAGGAGAAGAAGGCAAGGAGAAGAAGGCAAGGAGAAGAAGGCAAGGAGAAGAAGGCAAGGAGAAGAAGGCAAGGAGAAGAAGGCAAGGAGAAGAAGGCAAGGGAAAGAGCGACGUCACGCGCACCCCCGGCAGGCCGAAGAAACGACGGCACCCACAACAGGCCGAAGAAACGACGGCACCCACAACAGGCCAAAGAAACGGCGGCACCCACAACAGGCCAAAGAAACGGCGGCACCCACAACAGGCCAAAGAAACGGCGGCACCCACAACAGGCCAAAGAAACGGCGGCACCCACAACAGGCCAAAGAAACGGCGGCACCCACAACAGGCCAAAGAAACGGCGGCACCCACAACAGGCCAAAGAAACGGCGGCACCCACAACAGGCCAAAGAAACGGCGGCACCCACAACAGGCCAAAGAAACGGCGGCACCCACAACAGGCCAAAGAAACGGCGGCACCCACAACAGGCCAAAGAAACGGCGGCACCCACAACAGGCCAAAGAAACGGCGGCACCCACAACAGGCCAAAGAAACGGCGGCACCCACAACAGGCCAAAGAAACGGCGGCACCCACAACAGGCCAAAGAAACGGCGGCACCCACAACAGGCCAAAGAAACGGCGGCACCCACAACAGGCCAAAGAAACGGCGGCACCCACAACAGGCCAAAGAAACGGCGGCACCCACAACAGGCCAAAGAAACGGCGGCACCCACAACAGGCCAAAGAAACGGCGGCACCCACAACAGGCCAAAGAAACGGCGGCACCCACAACAGGCCAAAGAAACGGCGGCACCCACAACAGGCCAAAGAAACGGCGGCACCCACAACAGGCCAAAGAAACGGCGGCACCCACAACAGGCCAAAGAAACGGCGGCACCCACAACAGGCCAAAGAAACGGCGGCACCCACAACAGGCCAAAGAAACGGCGGCACCCACAACAGGCCAAAGAAACGGCGGCACCCACAACAGGCCAAAGAAACGGCGGCACCCACAACAGGCCAAAGAAACGGCGGCACCCACAACAGGCCAAAGAAACGGCGGCACCCACAACAGGCCAAAGAAACGGCGGCACCCACAACAGGCCAAAGAAACGCCGGCACCCACAACAGGCCAAAGAAACGCCGGCACCCACAACAGGCCAAAGAAACGGCGGCACCCACAACAGGCCAAAGAAACGCCGGCACCCACAACAGGCCAAAGAAACGCCGGCACCCACAACAGGCCAAAGAAACGCCGGCACCCACAACAGGCCAAAGAAACGCCGGCACCCACAACAGGCCAAAGAAACGGCGGCACCCACAACAGGCCAAAGAAACGGCGGCACCCACAACAGGCCAAAGAAACGGCGGCACCCACAACAGGCCAAAGAAACGGCGGCACCCACAACAGGCCAAAGAAACGGCGGCACCCACAACAGGCCAAAGAAACGGCGGCACCCACAACAGGCCAAAGAAACGGCGGCACCCACAACAGGCCAAAGAAACGCCGGCACCCACAACAGGCCAAAGAAACGCCGGCACCCACAACAGGCCAAAGAAACGCCGGCACCCACAACAGGCCAAAGAAACGGCGGCACCCACAACAGGCCAAAGAAACGGCGGCACCCACAACAGGCCAAAGAAACGGCGGCACCCACAACAGGCCAAAGAAACGGCGGCACCCACAACAGGCCAAAGAAACGGCGGCACCCACAACAGGCCAAAGAAACGGCGGCACCCACAACAGGCCAAAGAAACGGCGGCACCCACAACAGGCCAAAGAAACGGCGGCACCCACAACAGGCCAAAGAAACGGCGGCACCCACAACAGGCCAAAGAAACGGCGGCACCCACAACAGGCCAAAGAAACGGCGGCACCCACAACAGGCCAAAGAAACGGCGGCACCCACAACAGGCCAAAGAAACGGCGGCACCCACAACAGGCCAAAGAAACGGCGGCACCCACAACAGGCCAAAGAAACGGCGGCACCCACAACAGGCCAAAGAAACGGCGGCACCCACAACAGGCCAAAGAAACGGCGGCACCCACAACAGGCCAAAGAAACGGCGGCACCCACAACAGGCCAAAGAAACGGCGGCACCCACAACAGGCCAAAGAAACGGCGGCACCCACAACAGGCCAAAGAAACGGCGGCACCCACAACAGGCCAAAGAAACGCCGGCACCCACAACAGGCCAAAGAAACGCCGGCACCCACAACAGGCCAAAGAAACGCCGGCACCCACAACAGGCCAAAGAAACGCCGGCACCCACAACAGGCCAAAGAAACGCCGGCACCCACAACAGGCCAAAGAAACGCCGGCACCCACAACAGGCCAAAGAAACGCCGGCACCCACAACAGGCCAAAGAAACGCCGGCACCCACAACAGGCCAAAGAAACGGCCGGCACCCACAACAGGCCAAAGAAACGGCGGCACCCACAACAGGCCAAAGAAACGGCGGCACCCACAACAGGCCAAAGAAACGGCGGCACCCACAACAGGCCAAAGAAACGGCGGCACCCACAACAGGCCAAAGAAACGGCGGCACCCACAACAGGCCAAAGAAACGGCGGCACCCACAACAGGCCAAAGAAACGGCGGCACCCACAACAGGCCAAAGAAACGGCGGCACCCACAACAGGCCAAAGAAACGCCGGCACCCACAACAGGCCAAAGAAACGCCGGCACCCACAACAGGCCAAAGAAACGCCGGCACCCACAACAGGCCAAAGAAACGCCGGCACCCACAACAGGCCAAAGAAACGGCCGGCACCCACAACAGGCCAAAGAAACGGCGGCACCCACAACAGGCCAAAGAAACGGCGGCACCCACAACAGGCCAAAGAAACGGCGGCACCCACAACAGGCCAAAGAAACGGCGGCACCCACAACAGGCCAAAGAAACGGCGGCACCCACAACAGGCCAAAGAAACGGCGGCACCCACAACAGGCCAAAGAAACGCCGGCACCCACAACAGGCCAAAGAAACGGCGGCACCCACAACAGGCCAAAGAAACGGCGGCACCCACAACAGGCCAAAGAAACGGCGGCACCCACAACAGGCCAAAGAAACGGCGGCACCCACAACAGGCCAAAGAAACGGCGGCACCCACAACAGGCCAAAGAAACGGCGGCACCCACAACAGGCCAAAGAAACGGCGGCACCCACAACAGGCCAAAGAAACGCCGGCACCCACAACAGGCCAAAGAAACGGCCGGCACCCACAACAGGCCAAAGAAACGGCGGCACCCACAACAGGCCAAAGAAACGGCGGCACCCACAACAGGCCAAAGAAACGGCGGCACCCACAACAGGCCAAAGAAACGGCGGCACCCACAACAGGCCAAAGAAACGCCGGCACCCACAACAGGCCAAAGAAACGCCGGCACCCACAACAGGCCAACGACAACAGGCCAAAGAAACGCCGGCACCCACAACAGGCCAAAGAAACGCCGGCACCCACAACAGGCCAAAGAAACGGCGGCACCCACAACAGGCCAAAGAAACGGCGGCACCCACAACAGGCCAAAGAAACGGCGGCACCCACAACAGGCCAAAGAAACGGCGGCACCCACAACAGGCCAAAGAAACGGCGGCACCCACAACAGGCCAAAGAAACGGCGGCACCCACAACAGGCCAAAGAAACGGCGGCACCCACAACAGGCCAAAGAAACGGCGGCACCCACAACAGGCCAAAGAAACGGCGGCACCCACAACAGGCCAAAGAAACGGCGGCACCCACAACAGGCCAAAGAAACGGCGGCACCCACAACAGGCCAAAGAAACGGCGGCACCCACAACAGGCCAAAGAAACGGCGGCACCCACAACAGGCCAAAGAAACGGCGGCACCCACAACAGGCCAAAGAAACGGCGGCACCCACAACAGGCCAAAGAAACGGCGGCACCCACAACAGGCCAAAGAAACGGCGGCACCCACAACAGGCCAAAGAAACGGCGGCACCCACAACAGGCCAAAGAAACGGCGGCACCCACAACAGGCCAAAGAAACGGCGGCACCCACAACAGGCCAAAGAAACGGCGGCACCCACAACAGGCCAAAGAAACGGCGGCACCCACAACAGGCCAAAGAAACGGCGGCACCCACAACAGGCCAAAGAAACGGCGGCACCCACAACAGGCCAAAGAAACGGCGGCACCCACAACAGGCCAAAGAAACGCCGGCACCCACAACAGGCCAAAGAAACGCCGGCACCCACAACAGGCCAAAGAAACGCCGGCACCCACAACAGGCCAAAGAAACGCCGGCACCCACAACAGGCCAAAGAAACGCCGGCACCCACAACAGGCCAAAGAAACGCCGGCACCCACAACAGGCCAAAGAAACGCCGGCACCCACAACAGGCCAAAGAAACGCCGGCACCCACAACAGGCCAAAGAAACGCCGGCACCCACAACAGGCCAAAGAAACGCCGGCACCCACAACAGGCCAAAGAAACGCCGGCACCCACAACAGGCCAAAGAAACGCCGGCACCCACAACAGGCCAAAGAAACGCCGGCACCCACAACAGGCCAAAGAAACGCCGGCACCCACAACAGGCCAAAGAAACGCCGGCACCCACAACAGGCCAAAGAAACGCCGGCACCCACAACAGGCCAAAGAAACGCCGGCACCCACAACAGGCCAAAGAAACGCCGGCACCCACAACAGGCCAAAGAAACGCCGGCACCCACAACAGGCCAAAGAAACGCCGGCACCCACAACAGGCCAAAGAAACGCCGGCACCCACAACAGGCCAAAGAAACGCCGGCACCCACAACAGGCCAAAGAAACGCCGGCACCCACAACAGGCCAAAGAAACGCCGGCACCCACAACAGGCCAAAGAAACGCCGGCACCCACAACAGGCCAAAGAAACGCCGGCACCCACAACAGGCCAAAGAAACGCCGGCACCCACAACAGGCCAAAGAAACGCCGGCACCCACAACAGGCCAAAGAAACGCCGGCACCCACAACAGGCCAAAGAAACGCCGGCACCCACAACAGGCCAAAGAAACGCCGGCACCCACAACAGGCCAAAGAAACGCCGGCACCCACAACAGGCCAAAGAAACGCCGGCACCCACAACAGGCCAAAGAAACGCCGGCACCCACAACAGGCCAAAGAAACGCCGGCACCCACAACAGGCCAAAGAAACGCCGGCACCCACAACAGGCCAAAGAAACGCCGGCACCCACAACAGGCCAAAGAAACGCCGGCACCCACAACAGGCCAAAGAAACGCCGGCACCCACAACAGGCCAAAGAAACGCCGGCACCCACAACAGGCCAAAGAAACGCCGGCACCCACAACAGGCCAAAGAAACGCCGGCACCCACAACAGGCCAAAGAAACGCCGGCACCCACAACAGGCCAAAGAAACGCCGGCACCCACAACAGGCCAAAGAAACGGCGGCACCCACAACAGGCUAAAGAAACGGCGGCACCCACAACAGGCUAAAGAAACGACGGCACCCACAACUGGCUAA